AUGUUUACACUGGUUGGGUUGGGCCUUGGCGAUGCCAGUGAUAUCACACUAAAAGGACUUAAGGCGGUGCGUGAGGCGGACAUUGUAUACUUGGAGGCUUACACUUCCUUUCUCAUCAAUAGUUCGGCAGCGGAGCUGGCUAGCGUGUACGACAGACCCGUUCUGGUGGCUGACAGAGAGAUGGUGGAGAGUGGGGAGGUGCUGCAGGAAGCUUCGGAAAAAAAGGUUGUCUUGCUUGUUGUUGGCGACGUAUUUGGGGCUACGACGCACUCAGAUUUGGUGGUACGAUGCCAUAAGCAGCGUAUUACCUGCCGAGCCAUUCACAACGCCUCCAUCAUUAAUGCUGUGGGUUGCUGUGGGCUCCAGCUCUAUCGCUUUGGUCAAGUACUCUCGCUCUGCUUUUGGACGGAAACAUGGCGCCCAGACUCGUGGUACGACAGACUUAAGUCUAACAGAGCGAUGGGUCUCCACACAUUGGUGUUACUUGACAUCAAAGUCAAGGAGAUCUCCGACGAGAAUCUGGCGCGUGGGCGUAAAGUGUACGAGCCAUCACGCUACAUGCGCAUCACAGAGGCCAUUGAUCAGAUACUAGAGGUUGAACAAGAGAGAAAAGGGGGUGCAGUGGCGGCAGAUGGAAGCACUGUGGCUAUUGGCCUGGCACGCGUGGGCUCCACGACGCAGCAAGUUGUCGCUGGAACAAUGCGGGAGUUGCGAGAGGUUGAUUUUGGUGACCCACUUCAUUCGCUCAUCAUCGCGGGUGACAUUCACGCCUGCGAGAUGGAGCACGUGGACCUCUUUCGUGUAAACUAA